AUGUCGUUGGCUCAGCAUGUUACCCAAGCAGAAGGCUUCGACUACGAUGGCUGUGCCAGGCCGAAUCCGUAUGCGACCAACGACGGCGUACGUGAAAGCGCAACGCCUGGCUACUUCUAUCCGUCUGCAAUUAAUAAGUAUCAAGAGCGACAUUUCAUGCAUUUCGCACCAGCCGAUUCAACUUCCAAGGAAUUUCAUAUUGCUGCGUAUAAAGUACCCGUUGUGAAACGAUGCGCUCAGGUGGCAACUGGAGUUGUAGCGUGCUGGCUAUCCGCCGGCAUCGUGUUCGGCUUUGCUGCAUUAAAGCCGGUCUUAAUCGCCGAAGGAAUAUACAGCGAUCUCUUAAAAAAAACCCACGGAAUAUCCUGCGCCGAGCAAGGUCUACGCUUAGCCCUUUUCUUCGUCGUCGCCUCUGUGACCGCAAAUGUGUCGUCGCUCUUGGCUGGCUGGGCUCUUGAUCGGUACGGCCGACGGACCUGCUGGGUUGUGGCUUGCUUGUCUCUGAUAGUGGGCUGUAUGUUGAUGAGCGGCUCAUUUUCAUUUCCCGGAUUAGAUGAAUAUUUCGCUGGUAAUAUACUUCUGGCGUUAGGGGGCACCUUUGUCUUUGUCCCCACUUUCCAGCUUGCGCAUGCCUUCCCAAAGCAGCCGGGCAUCAUUGUUGCUACGGUCACAGGCGCUUUCGAUGCAUCUGCUGCUAUAUUUCUUCUCACAGCUUAA